AUGAGCCAAAUUCAGGGGGACCUCCUCCCUCAUGACUCUUCCGUCGGGGAGAUCCGCAUAUUGAACAUUGUGUUCAUUGCAGUGACCUCGGUCAUCAUUAUCGUGCGGCUAAUUGUUCGAGCAUUUGUUGUCAAGCAUGUUACUGUUGAUGAUUACCUUAUGGUGGCGGCUGGCCUUUUUGACACCGCCUUCUCUGUGAUGGCCAUCGUGGGCAUUCGAUAUGGUUUGGGAAAGCAUAUCUGGGAUCUGCCCCAAGAUGUGCAAACCAUUGAGCGCACCAAGAACGUCAUUCAGACGUUAUGGACCUGUCAAAUCAUGUACGUGACGGCUCUGAUGCUUGUCAAGAUAUCCAUUGUGGUGUCCUACAUCAGAGUCUUUCCCACCACGACCUUCCGUAGAAUCAUGUACGCCCUCGCUGCUGCCAUUGUCAGUGUCUGGAUUUGCAGCAUCCUUGUCACAAUUUUCCAAUGUCACCCGGUGCGAGGAGCUUGGGACUUUACACUCCCCCGGGAUUGCUUGCCAAUUGUUCGAUUCUACUAUUUCACCACGGCAUUCUCCAUCUUCACGGAUUUCUUGCUCUGCACAUUGCCAUUGCCGGUUUUCUCGAGACUGAAUUUGCCCCCGAGGCAGAAAUACAUCGUGUCACUGCUCUUCGCCAUUGGACUCUUCGCCACUGUAGCUUCGGCUCUUCGAAUCAGCGUCCUCAAGGCCGUCGACAGCCUUGACGUGACUAUGGGAUCCGUCUCCACGAUGAAAUGGUCCGUCGUGGAAGUCGGAACGGGCAUUGUCUGUGCCUGCAUCCCAUGUUUGAAACCACUGUUCAAGAACUUCUUGCCGGAGAAAGGCUCAUCCAAUAGGUCCGGUGGUGGCCACUCCGAUCGCCUGGGCCCGCACCACCCCCGACCGUAUACUAGCAGUGAGGAAAGCCACGAGCUGACGAAACCUCCUCAAGGCUGGAAUUCCAAUUCCUGGGGUCAGGACAAUUCAAGAAUUAAAACAGGCCCAAUGGUAACGACAACGAAUUUCAUUUGA